AUGUGCGUAGACUACUCCGACCUCAACAAGGCGUGCCCUAAGGACUGCUUCCCCCUCCCCAACAUAGAUGCGCUCGUCGACGCGGCAGCGGGCUACCGGUAUCUAAGCUUCAUGGAUGCCUACUCCGACUACAACCAGAUACCGAUGCACCGGCCCGACGAGGCUAAAACAGCAUUUAUAAUGCCAGGAGGAACCUUCUGCUACAGGGUAAUGCCAUUCAGCCUAAAAAAUGCGGGAGCAACAUACCAAAGGCUGAUGAACAAAAUAUUGGGCGACCUCAUAGGCAAAACAGUGGAGGUUUACGUAGAUGACAUACUCGCGAAAACUGCGCGACCCGAUGACCUUCUGAAUGACCUGAGAAGUGUGUUCGCAUCUCUCCGACAACACGGUAUGAGGCUCAAUCCCAUGAAGUGUGCCUUCGCCAUGGAAGCCAGGAAGUUCCUAGGAUUCAUGAUAACCCAAAGGGGGGUAGAAGCCAACCCUGAGAAAUGCCAAGCAAUACUCCAAAUGAAGAGUCCGGGUUGCGUCAAGGACGUCCAAAGAUUGGCAGGUCGACUAACCUCGUUAUCCCGUUUCCUCGGAGCCUCGGCAACAAAAGCCCUACCCUUCUUUUACCUCAUGAGGAAAAGGAUAGCAUUCGAAUGGACGCCCGCAUGCGAGGAAGCUUUCAAGCACUUCAAGGAAAUCCUAGCAACGCCACCCGUACUCGGAAAACCAAAGGUUGGAGAGCCGUUAUACUUGUACCUCGCCAUAACGGGAGAAGCCCUGGCCGCGGUCUUGAUACGAGAAGAAGAAAGGGCUCAGCAGCCAGUCUAUUUCGUGAGCAGAGCCCUACAAGGGGCGGAGCUUAGGUACAGCAAACUGGAAAAGCUAGCUCUGGCACUCUUGACCACUUCGAGGAGGCUAAAACAAUACUUCCAAGGCCACCAGAUCGUCGUAAGGAUAGACCAAGGAAUCCGGCAAGUACUCCAGAAACCCAAUUUGGCGGGAAGAAUGAUGACAUGGUCGAUCGAAUUCUCCCAAUACGACAUACAGUACGAGCCUCGACAAGCGAUCAAGGCGCAAGCGAUGGCGGAUUUCCUGGUAGAAGUGACGGGAGAACCAACCGAAGAAACGGGCACAAGGUGGAGGCUCCAUGUGGACGGGGCCUCCAACCAGACGUCCGGUGGCGCCGGGAUCAUCCUAGAGAGCCCGGUCGGGGUCGUGUACGAGCAAUCGAUCAAGUUUGAAUUCCCCGUUUCGAACAACCAAGCGGAGUACGAAGCUCUUAUAGGAGGCUUAACCCUAGCGACGGAGGUCGGAGCGACAAGGUUGGAAAUAUGCAGUGAUUCGCAGGUCGUCACCUCCCAAGUAAACGGGAGCUACCAAGCCAGGGACUCGCUACUACAGAAGUACUUGGAGAAAGUCAAGGAUUUGAGCCGAAAGUUUGAGGAAGUCACGAUCCACCACGUUCCGAGAGAAAGGAAUACACGGGCAGACCUCCUAUCGAAGUUGGCUAGCACAAAACCGGGAGAAGGCAACCGAUCUCUAAUCCAAGGAAUGAUGAAGGAGCCGGCAGUCACCUUGCACCUCUCGAAGCUAAGCCCCUCAUGGUUGGACCCCAUCACCGACUUCUUAGAAAACGACAGACUUCCCGACAACGAAAAAGAUGCUAAGAAACUGAGAAGGGAAGCAGCCAGGUAUGCGAUCAUCCAGGGUCAAUUGUUCAGGAAAGGAUUCAACCAGCCCCUACUGAAAUGCCUGCACCCCGACCAAACGGACUACGUCCUCAGGGAAGUCCAUGAAGGGUGCUGCGGCCAUCACAUAGGAGAGGCCGAGCCGCUAGCCAGCAUAUCCUCGUCCAAUUGCAAGAAAUUCAUGUGGAGACAAGUGAUAACACGGUUCGGUAUCCCGGAAGCCGUCAUCUCGAACAACAGAACACAGUUUACAGACAAAAAAUUCACGGAGUUCCUCACCGGCCUGGGCAUAAAACAGAAGUUCUCCUCGGUGGAACACCCCCAAACAAACGGACAGGUCGAGUCUGCAAACAAGAUCAUCCUGCUAGGACUUAAGAAGCGGCUGGACAAUAAGAAGGGUGCUUGGGCCGAUGAGCUCGCCUCGGUCCUCUGGUCCUACCGUACAACCGAGCAAUCUUCCACUAAGGAGACCCUCUUUCGACUAACGUACGGGCUAGAUGCGGUAAUACCUGUAGAAAUCGGGGAACCGAGCCCACGGCUACUAUUGAAGGGAGUAGAGGAAGCUGUAGAGAAGGAUCUAAUAGACGAAACCAGGGAAACGGCCCACUUGAUGGAAACAGCACUAAAACAAAGAAUGGCCCUGCGUUACAACGGCAAAGCACUCAAAAGGAAGUUUGAAGCAAACGACCUCGUCCUAAGGCGCAACGACAUCGGCUUACCGACCCCGGGAGAAGGCAAACUGGCAGCAAACUGGGAAGGGCCCUACAGAAUUAAGGAGGUGAUCGGAAAGGGCGCGUACAAAUUAGAAAAGCUCAAUGGGAAGGAGAUCCCGAGGACAUGGAACGCCAAUAACUUGAGAAGGUUUUACUCCUAA